UUCAUAAAAGUGCUAAACUGUGCCUGUUUGAGCACACGCGUGAAUCGGUCUCAGUUUACAUAGUAAAAAUAGUGCUCGGUCGUCGACGGACACUCGUUCGAGAUAAAUAAACAUGCCAGAACUAACUGAACUUGACAAAGCUAUGAGCUCCGAACCUACUAAGGUCGAAGCAGCUGCAGCAGGUUCUGGAACAGAUUCAGAUUCGGAUGAUACUGUCCCGGAAUUAGACGAUGCGCGUGCAGGAGGUACCGUUGGUUUCCCAGGGACAACCGUUACCGGUCUCCCCCUCGACAUGGUUUCUAAAGCCAAACAGAGUCGUGGAGAGAAAAAGGCCAGAAAGCUGAUGAGCAAAUUAGGAUUGAAACCUGUGCAAGGAGUUAACAGAGUAACUAUUCGUAAAUCAAAGAAUAUUUUGUUUGUAAUAAAUAAACCAGACGUGCUAAAGAAUCCUGCCUCAGAUACAUACAUCGUAUUUGGAGAAGCCAAGAUCGAAGAUUUGAGUCAACAAGCUCAAGUAGCAGCUGCUGAGAAAUUCAAGGAACCUCCUGUUAUUCCAGCAACUGAGGCUGGCGGCAGUACUACCGUUGUUGCACCUAUACAAGAGGAGUCGGAGGAAGAGAUAGAUGAGACAGGAGUCGAAGAAAAAGACAUCGAUUUGGUUAUUUGUCAAGCCAAUGUAUCACGAGGGAAAGCUAUUAAAGCUCUCAAAAAUAAUAAUAACGACAUUGUUAAUGCUAUUAUGGAAUUGACAAUGUGAUGAAACUGCUUAGCAGUAGAAUGCGCUGCUACGUGUAUCGUAGUCCGCAUUGCAAAGUCAUCUUAUUUUAUCACCUGCGCCAUCAGGAAAAACAUCCUUUUUUUUGUCUCAUUACAUUGAAAGGAUAAGCUCGAACACUACGAGACUGGAGUUUGCACGGAGACCCGUGUCACUUGUCUAAAAAAAAAUCCACAUGUAUAUACAUAAUUCAUAUGAAAAAAAUAAAUAUACUAAGGACACUA